AUUAGAAGUAAAGAUUUUGCAAGACUUGGAGAUUCUGGAAGACCAAAUAAACAAUGGGCAGAGCAACACGGUGGUUCAAGGCUUUCUUCGGUUUCAAAACCCCCAAAGAUUCCGGUCACCGGAAAACCCAAGACCCUUCUUGUUCCGGCCUUAUCUCACGUCGAAACCCCACCAUUUCCCCUCCGGAAAAACCUUACCCUGUUCAGUCUGAAGAUGAACAAAACCGUCAUGCAAUUGCGGUUGCUGCCGCCACCGCCGCCGCUGCUGAUGCCGCCGUUGCUGCCGCACAAGCGGCUGUUGCCGUUGUUAGGUUGACUAGUCAAGGUGGGUAUGCUGGUGGUGGUCGGGAAACUUAUGCGGCUAUCAAAAUUCAAUCAUUGUUUCGUGGAUACCUGGCAAGAAAAGCAUUGAGGGCAUUAAAAGGACUAGUGAAGCUUCAAGCAUUAGUUAGAGGUUUUUUAGUGAGAAAACAAGCAGCGGCUACAUUGCGCAGUAUGGAAGCUAUGGUGAGGGCGCAAUCUAGCAUUUGUGCCCAAAAAUAUCAUUAUGCCACCAACAACCUUCAAGAUUCAAAAGAGACAUUUGAUGAGGCAAGGAGUGAGUACACGACAUCUUUUCAUAGCAGAAGGUUGUCAUCUUCUUUUGAUACGUCGCAAAUUGAAGAAAGCCCAAAGAUAGUUGAGGUAGAUCCAGGAAGGCCCAAAUCAAGAUCUAGAAGGACCAACACAUGGGCUUGGACACCAGGUCAUAUUGAUAAUCCAAAUGCCCAAACCUUCUCUUCACCAAUGCGCCCUCGAUCCCCAGCCCGUCUACCCAUACCAAGUUCACAAACCCACGAGUUUGAGUGGGCUGCACAUCUCAGGCGCAAUCAUUGUAGGCCCGUCUCACCCUCCAAGAGUGUGUGCACUGAUGGUUCCUCAAGUAACCGGAGUUACAUGGCAAACACAAAGUCAUUCAACGCUAAGUUAAGGUCUCAAAGCGCACCAAGAUACAGGGCCGAAUUUGGAUCUGGUCACAAGAAGGUGGUGUCACUAAACGAGAUGAUGGAGUCGAGAAAUAGUGUUAGUUAUGGGGUGAAAAUGCAUAGAUCAAGCUCACACGCCCAAGAGGUCACUAGUUUUAAGAAUGCUAUAACAGGCAGGCUUGGUGGAUAUUCGGACGUAAAAUGGUGAGCAAAGGUGUUUAACGUUUUGUACGUUUAACUGAUGGUAUUCAGGUUUCUAUAAUUGCGAAAUUGUGCAUAAGAUUCAAAAGCAAGAUCAAAAUGUGAUUUCACUAUUUGGGUUUAAUUUGAACCACAUAAGAGAUUCUUUACUAAUAUUAUGGUUAGACUUUGUUAUGAUUAACUAUGAAGUGUGUUUUUACACUUCUACUGCUUUCUAAUUUUAUUUAUUAAUUAAAA